GGCGGCGGCGAGGAGCACACAAAAUCCGGAGGGGUUUAUCGGGACGGCAGAGGAGGGGAGGGGGGCGAGAUUUCCACGGGUGUUGGUGGGGGGAAGCACCGAAGAGAGAGGAAAGAAAGAGGGUGAGAGAGAAAGCGGUGAAUGGGUUGCCUCGAUCGAUCCCUGAGCAGGAGAAGAGAGAUAAAUAGCAACGCCGGUCACAAUGGAGGAUCCCUGGAGCAGGCUGCGUCCGAGUUCGAGUCAGUCACUCCAUCUCGUUUGUUCUCCAUAUCUCUCUCACGCGCUCUCUUGGGAUGGAUUGCAUGCUUACCUACCGUUGGCGUGUCUGGAAUUUGUCAGGCAGAAUCCCGCAAUCACUCAGCGGCUCUGCACAUUCAGUCCGAGGGCUUUCGAGGGGGAGAGACACCAGACGGAAGACGUCGACGAGGGGGAAGAGAAAGACAGGGAAGGGCGAAAGGCAGAGCAGAGGAAGAGGGCGGAAGAGGGAAAAAGAGAGUGUGUCGACUCCCGUCUCGUAUCUUGGCUUGACUCUUGACUCUUAAUCUUAACGGCCUCUCCCCACUUCCCUUUUUCCAAUUCGAGGUCUCCCCCUUUUGACCCUCCAUGGCAUUUCUCGUGCAAUCCCUUCCAUCUAUCUACUAUGUAUCUACAUCCUACAAUGCACACUACGG